CAUACUCACAUACAGAUGCAACAAGCCACAGGCAGGCACGCUACCAGACAAACCGGCAGACAGGUAAGCAGGAGGCAGGCACCAUGACCCAAACAGAAGACAGACUCAGCUCUGUGACAACAGAUGUCUCCCACAGAACUGAACACUGAAGUUUACUUUGAGAGCCUCAGAGGAGCUGGAGUAAGCAGAAAAAAAGGACACAUAACAAGACGGGAUGAGGAGUUCUUGACUGCUGUUUUGUAGGCUGAGGAGGGGAUAUUUUACUCACUUUUUCUGAAGUUGCUGAACCUGUAGAAUUACAUUCAUGAGCCAGGGGAGGACUAAAGCCAGCAUGGUAUUCAGCUGGCAGAAGUCCUUUGCCAUCCUGAACCCCUGGAGGAAAGGGAAGGGGGACAAUGUGCUGGAGAAUGAGGUUGUUUUGACCAAGAUGAAGCUCUUCAACAACUUCCAUGAGAAGACCCUCAACAACGCUGAUGAUUCUUCAUCCACAAUCUCCAUGUCAGUAUCUGAGCAGGACAUCUCAGAGCCUGUCAAAGGUUUGGAGGGGAAUGCUGACCUGGAUAACAUGCCUGGACAGCCCCUGAUGGAGUCAAGCUCAGACUACCUCUCUGACAUUUUCUCAGACUCUCAGCUUCCCAUGCUGUACAAGUUUGAGUCGGAGGACUCUGGAGUGGAACUGCUCAGUGGAACCAACUCUCCCUCCACACCCACCGGCUCAGAGCAGAGCUUUAUGGUCCACAGCCGGGAACCCUCCUAUGACUCCUGUAACCUCAACACACCUGUCCCUACCCCAGAUCCACUCCUCACUAUUGAACAGUGCUCUGACACCAAACAAACAGAGGAUAUCAGAGACACACCAUGUACGACUGUAGACAAUGCUGUGCUGGAGUGUGAUAUUGUGGAGUCGGGGGCUGAACUCAACACAGAAGUUGAGAGGGUAGACCUUCAUAUAACUGAGAAGGACAUAAAUAUGGAGAGGGCCCAACACAGGGCCUUGAAGGACACUGCUGAGGACAGUGAGGGGGUUUCAGAGCAGCUGGGUGAGAACAGGGCUGUGACUGAGGGGGUCAACUCAGCGAACACAAGGCCCAGGAGCCAGUGCUCUACAGGGGCCUGUGAUGAUAUGACAGGAGUUAACUUUGAGCAGCGGCCUUUGAGGAAAAGCACGACGAGCGACAGCCUGGAGAAGUAUAUGGAGGAAUGCUGCAGACUGAGUGAGGUCCACCAGGCCAGCUCCAACCCCCUGGGUUCCGGACUGGGCUACCUGGAGCACAUCUGCCAGCUCAUUGAGAAGAUUGGUCAGCUCCAGGAACACAACCUCAGGCUGCAGAAGCAGAUCUGUGGGCUGCAGAAGGAUGGAAGGAUGACCAAGACCAAAGAGGACUUCUUCCUGCAGCACUGUAGCUGUGGAACGGCCGGCAUGGCCUUCCAGGAACAGAAAAGACACUCUAGGAGUGAGUUCCUGACCACCUCCAUGAGCGGCACCCUCUCUGACCUGUCCACCAUCCCUGAGGUCACACGCCACACAGGACUCACAGCCAGGGGAGAGAGUGACCAGGGUGGAUGCCAGCCCCUGGUGCCCCUUUGGAAGAGGGGCCUGAAUCGGAGGAGCUACAAAGAGGGAGAUACGCGCUCCUAUCUCUGUGACAGUACGGAGGGUCUCUCUGCCCCACACAGACGGCUGAGUGAGAACUACACAUGGGGCAGAGUGAAGGAUCUGGUGAAGAAGACCAAGCUGAGGAACCAGAGCAGACUGGGACAGACAUCCACCUCCCUGAAGAGAUCCUGUCCACAGCUUUACCGCCCUGACCUGGGACCAGUGGAACUACCAGGAAGAAACAGGAACUCCAUGAUCGCCUUGGGGCAUCAGAACAAACUGGACUUCCAGUGGCCCCAAUAACCAAUAUACGAAACAGACGGCCCAAAGUGGGAAGAGACUGCCGGGAAGAGGAUAAGGUGAAGUUGACUGGACUGGGAGAGGAGUGUAAGGAGGGGUGAGAGAAAGAACACUUGUGAUGGAUGACAACAUUUCAGUGAGGAGUGAAUAGAAAACGAAAAGUGGGAUGGUCAUAGACAUCUCUCUUGAGAUACAAUUCUAAACUAAGGGAUUUUAUUGUUUCAGAUAAGGGAACAUUGGUAUUUAUAUGAGAAUAGAGAUGCAUUUACUCCACAAUGUACAAGAAUAUGAUACAAAUUAUUUAAUCUUGUACUAUAAUCAUUUUCUAUACAAUUCAUAUGGUAAUGAUUUCUCUAAAUAUAUUUAAUGUUAUUGACAUUUCAAUACUAUGUGUUGAUGGAGAAAAUAAUAACUCUUUGAUAUAAUUGUUCCAACUAAGAAAUAGCAUAUAAAAUAUGAUGGGGUGAUAUUAAAGGGAUAGUUCACCCACAAAAUGACACAUUGGUUUCCUGACACUGUAAGCAGUCUAUGGACAAGGUAUGACAGCAAUCCAUCCUUGGGUUUAGUUUCCCUUGCACUGUUUCAACAUGCUAACACUUUAGCAUUUGUGGCACAAAUCCCAUUCAAGUCAAAAUGCUAAUAUCGGCCCCAUGACAGGGUAAGGAAACCCAUAUGUCAUUUUGUGUUUGGGUGAACUAUCCCUUUAAAUACUAAUGUCCUCUUGAACAAAUGUGAAACAUACACAUAUCAUACAUAUUUCAGGAUAGUACUUAUCUAUUCAACAUAUUUUGUGUGAAUUAUCUUCUUGUUUUGAGUGUGGAGUCGUGGUCAAAAGUUUUGAGAAUGACACAAAUACUAAUUUUCACAAAGUCUGCUGCCUCAGUUUUGAUG